AUGCCCCCGAAGAACAAGGGUGGCAGCUCCAAAGCGAAAGACGCUGAAGCAAAGCAACUAGCAUCUGUACAACAGGCACCAAAGGAGCCUCAGACAAUUCGUGAAAUUGAGUGGCAGCAAUAUUGGUCUACGAAUCCGAUCCACAAGCUAGCUGAGGAACAGGGGUUUAAUAGCCUGGGUCCUGCCGACAAACGAACCUACCUCAACCUAGAGUUACUUAGAAGUAUAGCUCAUAUCGACGACCUCUCCAAGAAAGGCCAGCGCGAGUUCUGGAAGCAACUGAGCGACGCGAACGUACCACUACGCAGUGCCCCGAGACCGAAGGCCGACCAGUGGGGUCGCGACAGAAACGGUCGGCCUAUAGGCGACUACACACCUGAGGAAUACGCCGCGUACGAAAGGAAGAAGUCGAGGAUAAGCGAAUUAGAUUUCGAGAGCACUUUCUUUAGGCGCGACAGGGAGAGGGCGCAUUGGAAGUCAAAGAAUCCAGUUACUGGAGAGGUAUAUACCAUCACCGAGGACGAUAUAAAAGCUGAAAAAGAGCGUCGUCAGGAGAUGUCGGCUCUUCGCAGCGAACUGUACGGCACAAAGCUGAGUACUUACGCAAAUGAUCCGGAGUGGGACGAUGUCGUGCCUAUACCGCAGGAGGAGCCAGAAGGCGCAUUAGCGGCCAUCGCUUAUGCUGACGACUAUGCGGAGGCAAUGGCCUACCUUCGUGCUGUCAUGGUACUCAAGGAGCACACACCUCGUUGUCUGCGAUUAACCGAGCAUAUUAUUGAUAUGAACCCAGCACACUACACCGUGUGGCUUUAUCGAUUCGACAUCGUCAAAGCACUCAACAUACCUAUUCCAGACGAGCUAGAAUGGUUGAACGAAGUAUCACUCGAGCAUUUGAAAAACUACCAGAUAUGGCAUCACCGACAGCAAUUGUUAGAUCUUCACUACCCGGCAGUGCAAUCAGACGAGAAAGCCGUCGCGGCACUCGCCGCCGGCGAGCUUGAUUUCCUAACGGACAUACUAGAGAAGGACACGAAGAACUACCAUGUAUGGAGCUAUCGGCAAUACCUGGUGCGCAAGCUAGGGCUAUGGGACUCGGGAGAGGAGAUGCGUAGCACCGAGAUGCUGAUCAGUCAAGACGUGCUGAACAACUCGGCGUGGUCACACCGAUUCUUCCUGGUCUUCGACAACCCGAAACAAAGCACACCAGGAUCCCACAGCACCGCCUACGACCCCAAGGUCCCCGAGGAGAUAAUCCUUCGCGAGACAGCCUACGCAGAGGAGAAGAUCUUCCUCGCCCCUCAGAACCAGAGCCCGUGGAACUACCUCCGCGGCGUGCUCGUCAAGGGAGGAAAGCCAUUGGGCUUUGUGCGCAGGGUGGCGGAGUCGUUCGUCGACGGCCUGGGCGAGGGCGAGGAGAAAGAGGCCGUCCGCAGCUCGCAUGCCCUGGACCUGCUGGCUGACAUCUGCAAAGAGGCCGGCGAGAAAGAGAAGGCCGACCUGUGUCUGCGCCGACUUGGCGAUAGGUGGGAUCGCAUACGGAAGGAGUACUGGGAGUAUCGGAGACAGAAGCUUGAUGAAUAG